CACAAAAGCGUGUCCUUUAAAAUCCCCCUCCUCAUAUAUUAAACUUAAAAUCUACGCCCCAUCAUCUAAAAAAUAUUACAGAUCUCAUUGCAUCACACUCCCACCCUUUUCAAAUUAUGCCCAUGCCACCUCCACUCCUCCUCCUCCUCGUCCUACUUCUCUUCCUCUCCCCCGCCACCGCAACCAAUACCGCCGCCGCCGCCGCCGCCCAACAAUUUAGAGAAGCACCUCAGUUCUAUAACUCCCAAGACUGCCCUUCCAUCACCACGCUCCCCGACGUUGACGUGGACCCCGACGAAUCAGACGACGGCCACAUGAUUUGCUCUCCUCAAGCAGUCCACGUGGCAAUGACUCUCGACACCGCCUACAUCCGCGGCUCCAUGGCUGCGAUCCUCUCCGUCCUCCAACACUCAUCCUGCCCCCAAAACGCAGUCUUCCACUUUGUCGCCUCGGCCGCCGCCAACGCUUCCCUCCUCCGCCAAACAAUCUCCACCUCAUUUCCCUACCUGAAAUUCCGAAUCUACGCCUUCGAUGACUCCCAUGUCUCCCGCCUCAUCUCCACCUCCAUCCGCUCCGCCCUCGACUGCCCCCUCAACUACGCCCGAUCCUAUCUCGCCGACCUUCUCCCCCUCUGUGUCCGCCGCGUCGUCUACCUCGACUCCGAUCUCAUCCUCGUGGAUGACAUCGCCAAGCUUUCUGCCACUCCUCUAGGAGGCGUCGCCAUCCUCGCCGCCCCGGAGUACUGCAACGCCAACUUCACCUCCUACUUCACCUCCGCCUUUUGGUCGAACCCCUCCCUCUCCCUCACCUUUGCCGACCGCCACGCCUGCUACUUCAACACCGGUGUCAUGGUCAUCGACCUCGACCGGUGGCGCGGCGGAGACUACACGGCGAAGAUCGAGGAGUGGAUGGAGCUCCAAAAGAGAAUGCGGAUCUAUGAGCUCGGAUCCCUCCCUCCGUUUCUUUUGGUGUUCGCAGGGAAAAUCGCGCCAGUGGAGCACCAGUGGAACCAGCACGGGCUCGGUGGCGACAACUUCAGGGGGCUUUGUCGUGAUCUGCAUCCGGGCGCAGUGAGUCUUUUGCAUUGGAGCGGGAAGGGGAAGCCGUGGGCCCGGCUGGAGGCCAAUCGGCCCUGCCCGCUCGAUGCUCUCUGGGCUCCUUACGAUCUCUUGGAAACGCCUUUUGUGUUGGAUUCUUGAGGCGGAAAGAGGUGGCGUCUUGGGGUAUUCGCAGAGUCGCAGCUGAGACUGUGAAUUGUGCGUCGUCGUUUUGAGGAACGAGCGAGCUCUCGUGAUGAUCAGUCUUUUGGGAUUUGUUUGUAGAUUAUACUACCGGUAUUAUAUCUGGAACAGAAAAAAAAAAAAAAAAAAAAAAAAAAAAAGUACGUAGCUGAAGCUGAUGAUAUCUGAUAAAUAUCUGGGGGGAAAAUAAAUUAGUCCGGAAAAAAAAAAAGGAUUAAUGUUUAUGAAUUUCCCUAAUAUUGUUUGUUCAAAAAAAAAAAAAAUCAAGGUAAUCUUGAUUUCAAUGAGUUUGAGAUCUAAAAUCUUGUUAGUUUGAUUUCAAUGAGUUGGAACUGAUGAUAAUACAUAUGUCUUUUCUUACUAAAUUAAUUAGUUGCGUUUGAUAAUUACGCUUAA